ACUACACUGUAUCAUACGCAAGACUUGUAUUUUACUUAGUAUAAAUAAUAUAAAAAAAAAUAUGAUUGCCAACCAUUGUGCAUUUUUGGUGUGUUGUUUUGCUAUAACAUCAAAUAUAACAACAAUCAAAUCAACACGUAACCACCAGAUUACUCCUUUACGAAUAUCCACUCAAUCAAAUUGUCCAAAAUUUUUACUUACAAUAGAUGAAUUGAUAACAUACAACAAAAAGUCAAUUAGUAUUAAUGAAACCGACGUGAGAAAUCUAUCAAACCGUAAUGUGGGCACUUAUUCGGAUUACGAAUUAAAAUUAAAAAGCAUCGUUAAAUUAGAGAAAAAAGCUAAAGACAUCAAAUGUAGUUUUUGUGUAAUUGCGAAUUCAAAAUUAUUAUACUUGAAGGACUUAUUUGUAAAACUAAAAAAUGGAGAGCCUUUCAUUAACAACGAGGGGUCUGUAACACGUCUUAAAGAAGAAGCCGGACUUAUACUACAUUUAUUACUGUGGGGAAAUUUUGUAACGGGCAAAUGGCUUUGGAUUUAUUAUUUAAAAACUAUUGCAAUUAGCCAAUACGAAGAAAACAAACGUUUCAUCCAGGAAAACCCAUUCGAAGACAACCAACUGCAAUCUGGCGUUAUAAAUUUCAUAAAAAAAUGUGUAACUGACAAUUACCUACCUGAGACCGCCAUAGAAUCUGAUUUGGUUUCGAAAAACCCGAAAGUGUACGAAAAAAUAUUUUUUUUAUUACUCCAUUCCAGAAAAUUUGCAGAUAUUUUAAAUAGACGUGCCCCAUUGGCACCGACCGAGUUUUUAUAUCUAAAACCAUUCUGGGACGACGAAAGUCAAUUUUUGUUUAGACAAAUACCAGAAGUCAAUGUCGAUUGGAGUAAUGCGAAACAACGUCAUGAUGGCGAGGUUGCUAUAACUAAAGAAUUUGUGAAAAAUCACACUUGGGUCCAUGAUCCGUACGGACGACUCGAACACCAACAUUUGGUAAUCAAAAUUAUCGAUGCCAGAUUUUAUUGUUACUUUUCGGUUUUAUUGCAUAUCUAUGAAAAACAAUUUUCCAUACUCGACCAACAAACGUUAAGACACAACAAAAUACUUAUAAAUAACGUUAUCGCAAACGCAUUGGAUUUAAUGGCGUAUAAAGAUGAUUUUCUGGUGAAUAUUAUAUCGGAAUUCAGAUUUGGAAUAAUACGCGACAUAAAUGACAUAAAAUAUAUUUUAGCAAAAUCAAAGACAAAGGCCAACGAGAUCCUAAAAGAUUUGAAUGGAGUCAGCACAAACGUAAUCGAUUGGCAAAGUUUCAACAUUAACGAAGGCCAACUGUCUGCUGACGAUUUGCAAAGAAUCAUUGAUGAUUUGAAACUUUUUUUUAAUGACUUAAAUAGAUUCUGCCUGCCGUUUGAAUAUAAAAUGUUUUUGCAUUUCGUAGAUGUAGUUCAAUCGUCGUCUACUUAAAAAAAUUAAACUAUAAAUUAUUUACACAAUGUCAAAUUAUAAUAAAAUAA